ACAAAAGAUAUAAAGCAGCAAGAGAAAAAAAAAAGUCCAUGCUUUCAUAUUCAUUGCUUUAAUCUCUCUCUCUCUCGGACAUAGACACAGCUAAGCUUCCCAUCUGAAAGGAGUUUCAUGUCCUUAAGGACCAUAUAACCUCUCUAUCUCUCUCUAAGUAGCAGCAAAAAAACAGAGAUUUAUAGAGAGAUAAAACUAUGGCUCACAUAAAGAUCUAACAGAGACAGUAGUAUAGUCCCACUUCCCCACCACCAAAGCUUCGAUCAUCAUCAUCAACAUCAUGGAUCCGGAUCCGGAUCAUAACCCGAAUCAUCAUCGACCCAACUUCCCUCUCCAGCUUCUUGAUUCUUCUUCCUCCUCUUCCACUUCCUUAGCCAUCAUCUCUGCUACUUCCGAACCUAACUCCGAACCUAAGAAGCCUCCUCCUAAACGAACCUCUACUAAGGACCGACACACCAAAGUCGAAGGCCGAGGCCGUCGGAUCCGUAUGCCUGCCAUGUGCGCUGCACGUGUCUUUCAGCUCACACGUGAGCUUGGUCACAAAUCCGACGGUGAAACUAUUGAGUGGCUACUCCAACAAGCUGAGCCAGCGGUUAUAGCCGCUACAGGGACUGGAACCAUUCCGGCUAACUUCACUUCUUUAAACAUCUCACUUCGUAGCUCAAGAUCUUCUCUCUCUGCUGCUCAUCUUCGUACAACUCCUAGUAGCUAUUACUUUCAUUCACCACAUCAGUCCAUGACUCAUCAUCUUCAACAUCAGCAUCAGGUUCGUCCCAAGAACGAGUCACAUUCUUCGUCUUCUUCUUCUUCACAGCUUUUAGAUCACAACCAAAUGGGGAACUAUCUAGUACAAUCAACUGCUGGAUCUUUACCUACGAGUCAGAGUCCUGCUACGGCACCGUUUUGGAGUAGUGGUGACAACACACAGAAUCUUUGGGCGUUUAAUAUCAAUCCUCAUCAUUCCGGUGUUAUGGCCGGAGAUGUUUACAACCCCAACGGUGGUGGUGGUGGAGGUAGUGGAGCUGGCGGUGGAGUUCAUUUGAUGAAUUUUGCAGCUCCUAUUGCUUUGUUUUCUGGACAGCCUUUGGCUUCUGGUUAUGGAGGAGGAGGAGGUGGCGGCGGAGAACAUAGCCAUUAUGGAGUUUUAGCGGCUUUGAAUGCUGCUUACCGGCCGGUGGUUGAGACGGCGAACCAUAACAACAACCAACAAAACCGCGACGGAGAUCAUCAUCACAACCAUCAAGAAGAUGGAAGCACCAGUCAUCAUUCCUAGGCAAACAUACACAAACAUAUAUAUUCUGUGAGAUUUAUUUUCUUUUUUUGUCCUUUCGUUUGUUUGUUUGUUCUUAACAAGCGUGUUUUUUUGCAUUGCUUCUUUUUCAUAUAUUUUUAUUUAUUUCUAAAUUCUAAUAUUCUGCUCUGAUCGGAUUUCAUCUUGUUUAUUCUUCUGAUUAAUAGAAUGUAUUGAGUAAGUAAUUAAGAACGUGAAUCGAUAUGUUUAGUUUGUGGUUUUUGCAACCAGGCUUUGGUAUUAUUUUUUUCCAGAGGUUUUUGCUUGAAGUAGUAUAUUUGUCUUGUGAAAUGUUUUUCUCAUUACUAUAGAGUGUGAGAGUUUUCUAAUGAGACACACUACUUGAUUAGGGUUUUUGAAUAAUUUCUACAUGUGUUUAAUAAUAUAUGUAUAUUUCA